GUUAUACGUGAAUUAAAUGGCUAUCGUUCGUCACUUCCCCCCCGCGGAUCUCCCAGACGCCUGGCGACUCACCCCUUUCGGGCUCUUCGGACUGCGCGGGCUCCCGACGCUCCCCGACCCGCGCCCGAGUUCCUUCCUCAGCGUCGAGACCGUGCGCUCGAGCGCGAGGAUUUUCUUCCUCGCCGCGCUCAGCUCGCGAGUGAGCUCCUCGGUCUGCUUCGCCUUCCUCUGGUGCGAGCGCGCCGCGGACUCGCGAUUCUUACGCUGUCGCUCCAGCGCUCUCAGCUCCUUCUCCUCCUCCGUCUCCAUGUCCACCUCCCCUUUCUUCUUGCGUCCCUUCUUCUUCGGCGGGAGCGUGAUGACCGGAAGCUCCGCCGCGGCGCCGCGCCCGCGCCGUCUUCUUCGUCGCCGCGACCCUGCCGCUGCCGAACAUCGCGCGCGCGGUCGUCUCGAGCGCCAUCGUCGCCGAGAGCGUCGGCUGGAUGUCGCCGCCGCCGCCGCCGCCGCCGCCGCUUCCUUGGUUCGACAUCAAGAGCUCUAGCCAUUCCCCCGCGUUCUUCCUGGAACCGUCGCCGUGCAGCGAGACGAGGCGCUCGAUCGAGCCCUGCGUGAGCAAGCCGGGCAGCGACGGCAUCGCGCCGCUGCCAAAGACUUGGGGGAGGGACAGCCC